CCGUAUUUUCUUCGCUUCAUCGUUUCGUUUCCACUUUAGCCUCAGCAUUAGCCGAUAUAUUGUCACUUUCCUUGCGUUCGCAGACUUCAGCCUUAGACCACGUGUUUGCUGCUCACCAUUUUCAAUUUGUUUGACGAACCUCAGUGAAGCGACGCGCAUCGCCGAGAGGACUGUUGUUUUCUAUUUAAUCAAUCACAAUUUAAUUUCUAAAAUGGAAACUGAUCAAGAAAUCAACCCCAAAGCUUAUCCGUUGGCCGAUGGACAACUUACGGUAAAAAUUUUAAAUCUAGUUCAGCAAGCUUCUAACUACAAGCAGAUGCGUAAAGGAGCAAAUGAAGCUACCAAAGCCCUGAAUCGUGGUCUUGCUGAAUUCAUUGUCAUGGCUGCUGAUGCUGAACCAUUGGAAAUUUUGUUGCAUUUGCCAUUGCUUUGUGAAGACAAAAAUGUUCCAUAUGUGUUUGUCCGUUCAAAGCAAGCACUUGGACGUGCUUGUGGAGUCUCCCGUUCUGUUAUUGCUUGUUCUGUGACUGUACAUGAAGGAUCACAACUGAAGCCACAGAUUCAGUCUUUACAACAAGAAAUUGAAAAACUUCUCAUUUGAUCUCAAAUUUUCUUGAGUGACAAUGCUUUGAUUGAAAAUACACAACUGCCAAUUGGCUGUUCAUUGUCUAAAA